AUGCCGACGUCUGACGUCUCUUUCUCAAGCAUUGCCAUUGACCACGUCACCAUGCCGCCCAGCUCGUCUACUAAGUACAUUUUAAACGUCAUUGACUUUGCAACUCGCUUCAUUGCACCAGCUGCAGUUAGCUCCACUUCAGCACAAGACGUUAUAAAGCACUUGCAUCAGGUAUUUUAUAACUAUGGUACACCAGACCACUGCCUCUCUGACCACGGCUCAGCCUUUGAGUCGACAGAGUUCAAGCGUUUCAUGCGACUCCACUGUGUAGAGCUUCACUACUCCACAGCAUAUCGACCAGAAGGUAAUGGCCUUGUCGAAAGAAGCAAUGGGACUCUCCUCUCGGUCUUACGCAAAAUCUGCGCUCUAGAACCCCUAUCCUGGCCCAAGAUACUUCACGAAGCUGCCUUCGCUAUCAACACCUCAGUGAACUCAAGCACGAGCUUCAUUCCAUUUCAGCUGUUGUUUGGCUAUGUGCACAAGAUACCUCUGCAGCUCCAUCGCCCCAUUAAGCAAUCGGACUUUGCUGAACGCAUACUGGAUGUUGCGACGCAAUGGUCCGAAGCAGCCCAGGCUUCACAGCAAGAAAUCUAUGACCGCAACCACCGACCUCACAACUUCAGUGUGGGUGACCUUGUGUGGGUCAAACGCCAAGUACCCAUACAACACGGAAAACUGUCACCUCGUUUUAACGGUGUGUACCGUUUGGUAGAACAGCUGACCCCAGGAACCUUCAAAGCUCUUCGUGUGUCAAGUUAUGGGUCACGACUCUUGAACCAACCACGAAUGGUGCAUGUGUCACAGAUCAAGACAUACAACCCCCCAGUCUCGCCAGUCGCCAUUCCAGAGCCCAACCACGACACACAACCGGCAGAUCUUGGAGACACUCAGGCUUCUCCAUUGCCUUCUCAUUCGAGCAGCGAGCACCGCCCUCAACGUUCCAGGAGACGCCCAUCUCAUCUUCAGGACUAUGAACUUUAUUAG